UUCGGCUGCUCUCCUCCGCUGCUUAACGCUGCACGUGUUGCACGCUGCAGACAAGGGAGAGGAGCCACCCACUCUCUUCGUUUGCCCUUCCCCGGUUCUCGCCUGUAAAGGUCAUUCCCCUCCCCCUUGGCUGGAGAGGUCGGGGGAUCAAGAGGUCCCCCCCCCGGGAGGGGUGUGGCAGAAGGCUGGGAGGCAGAUUGCUGACCAUGCCUAGAAGGUGGCUUGUUAAAGGAGAUAGAUAUAAAAGAAAUCUGAAUUAAAGCAUCCGGCGAAGGAGGUGCAGAGUGACCACCCGUUCUUCCAGCCAGCCCUCUGGGAAUCCAGCUCAUGCAACCCCCAGUUAAGCCAAUGCAAAAGGAGCAAAAGCAACGAAUCGGUGUUGGGAGCCGGCAUGGUCAAUCAAACAGUCCUCAUUGAGCAAGCCAGGCACGUCUGUGUUCUAUUGUUGAGGGCAGACGCCAUGCACAGCCUGUGCGGGGACUAAUGUGAGAGACCCGAGGAAGAUGGCGUAUAUACAGUUGGAACCAAUAAAUGAGGGCCUGUUGUCUAGAAUCUCGGAUCUCUUGCUGUGCAGAUGGACUUGCCGGAACUGUUGCCAGAAGUGUUAUGACUGCAGCUGUUGCCAGUCGAGCGAUGACGAAGUGGAAAUCCUGGGGCCUUUUCCAGCACAGACGCCUUCCUGGUUGGUGAGCAAUCGAAGUGACGACAGGGAUGGCGACUCUGACAACACUACAACAAGCGAGCCCCCUCCAACCCCUCAGGAUGUUUCGCUGGACAGAAGGCGGUCGUCUUCGGAUACAUCCCGAUCCACUUACAGCCUCACAAGACGAAUUUCAAGUCUAGAGUUGAGGCGUCCAAGUUCUCCACUUAUUGACAUAAAACCUAUCGAGUUUGGGAUUUUAGGAUCCAAAAAGGAAAUAGUUCAACCGUCCAUCCUGAGGAAAACCUAUACUCCAGAUGACUAUUUUAGGAAGUUUGAGCCGAGACUAUAUUCCCUUGACUCUAACAGCGAAGACGUGGACUCCUUGACGGAUGAAGAAGUCUUGGCCAAGUACCAGCUGGGCAUGCUUCAUUUUAGCACGCAAUACGACCUCUUGCACAAUUAUCUCAUUGUCAGGGUGAUUGAAGCGAGGGAUCUGCCUCCCCCAAUUUCCUACGAUGGCACUAGGCAGGACAUGGCCCACUCGAAUCCUUACGUGAAGAUUUGCCUCUUGCCGGACCAGAAAAACUCCAAGCAGACUGGAGUGAAGCGCAAAACCCAAAGCCCGGUCUUCGAGGAGAGGUACACAUUUGACAUCCCGUUUUUAGAAGCCGAAAGGCGGACCCUGCUGUUAACCACAGUGGAUUUUGACAAAUUUUCACGCCACUGUGUCAUUGGUAAAGUGUCGAUGCCUUUGAGUGAUGUGGACCUUGUGAAGGGAGGACAUUGGUGGAAAGCUCUGGUCCCCAGCUCUCAAAAUGAAGUUGAACUGGGAGAACUCCUGCUGUCGUUAAACUACCUUCCCAGUGCAGGAAGACUGAAUGUAGACAUCAUUAGAGCAAAACAGCUGCUUCAAACAGAUAUGAGCCAAGGUUCAGAUCCCUUUGUGAAGAUCCAACUUGUUCAUGGUUUAAAACUGGCGAAAACAAAGAAGACUUCUUGCAAGAGGGCUACCAUUGACCCCUUCUACAACGAGUCCUUCAGUUUCAAAGUGCCCCAAGAAGAACUUGAAAGUGCCAGUUUAGUCUUCACAGUCUUUGGCCACAACAUGAAGAGCAGCAACGAUUUCAUUGGGCGGAUUGUGAUUGGCCAGUACUCCACAGGCUCUUCGGAAUCCAAGCACUGGCGGAGGAUGCUGAACUCCCACCGCACGGCUGUGGAGCAGUGGCACACUCUCCGGUCACGAGCUGAAUGCGACCGCGUCUCCCCGGCUUCCCUGGAGGUGACGUGAGGACGCCAACGCUGCUAGCAAGCCACUGAGCAGAUCUAUACAAGACAAGUCAUACACACAAACACACACACACUUGCAUAUAAUCACUAUGGAAUCCACAACAACUCUUAAUGGCCGCUGGCAACGAAAAAAAUGGUUGCAUUAGCCUCCGUGCUACCUAUUAUUCCAUCCACCCCAUUGAUUGUUUUACUCAGGAUCACAUAUCAACCACUACAUCCACAUCAGAAGGUGAUGCUGUUGUGUAGGACAGCGGAAGCUGCUCAAAGGGUUGUCUGUUAAUACCUUUUCAGAAAUCCUUUGUUGCCUGCUAUGUCCUUGUGCGGUGCAGAUAGCAGACUGCUUAGCUGCGGAAAAGCUUCAUGGUUUCCUCUCCACUGUGCCAUACUCUACAUCUCGUGUGAGCAAUUGUAUCGGGAGGUAUCAGAUCCUGUGUGUUAUCCGUGGUGAAUGCGUGGUAGAUUACUAGGAUGUUGUUUCAGCGGUAGAGUGUAUGGUGUAAACACGUCUAAACCCAGUCCUUCCUUUGUCACUGUACUAGCUUAACCAAAUCAGAUAUAACGUGUGCUUCUGUGUCUGGAGCUGUGCCCUUGGGCAGAAUGGGGUGGAGGCAGUCGUCUCUUUCCUGCUCAAUCACACAUGCUAGCAUUUUGUAAACUGUUGCAUCAUUCAAGAACUCUCUGGUGUACUGCUAUGAAAGCUGCAGUCCACAGCUGGAUCACCCUUGAGCAGGCCUCUGAAAGCAUUGCUCUUCAACCAGUUGGUUGGAACCCAUCACCUGGUUGCAACCUGAUCUAAGGUGGGUUGAAAUGGUAGCACUACUACCAGAAUUGGGGUAUGUGCAUGUUUGACUUAAGAGUGGGUCCUGGGUCUGAAAAGGCUGAAGACUCCUGCAUUAAAGUCAACGAAGCUCAUUUUGGAGGAGGGAAAUUGUGGGUGGCAGCCUAGUUGCAGUGCUAGUUCCAGAAGUAUGCAAUGUUCUGGGAUAUGUGAGCUGCCCAGUUUGUUUCCACGGUUCAGGUUCCAUGAGUGCAAAGUGCGUGUGGAGUUGUCCUUUCCCUUGGAAGCGGUGGAGGCACGGAGGAGCCAACCACCCAGCAGAGCGAGGUGGGUGCUGAGGGUGCAAGGAGUUGCACCCUGUAGUCUACCUGCUAUCCUCAAGGACAGUGGAGGGUGUUGAAAUCAGGUUCAGCCCCUGGCCCAAUCUGCUUCUGGAAGGAGGCAGGUUCCACUUUGUGCUUUGCCUCACUCAAAACAACUGUAGUAGGGACUUGUAUGCACCACCCUCCCGGCACAUCAUUAGAAAUGGGGCACAUGUCCCUCUAAAGGCUAUGGCUGAACUUGAAAGUGGAGGCAUCUGAAGGUUUCAGAGAACUGUUUGUGUCAAAUCCCACCCCCAUUUUAGGAAGCUUUUGUGGCAACGUUCACAAAAGCCCUAAUGCCGUGUGAGUUGCAUUUACAUGUGAUAGUCAAGUUGAUCUCUCCACACACACACACACCCCACUUUGUAUUUCAGUGUGUUGAACUGGUCUUGAGUGUAAAGUCAGCAAAUGUCUUUGUAUUUACCUGCCACAUACAGAAAAGGUGUAGGGAAGUAGGUUGAACCUUCUAUAAUACUGUAGAGAUCAGGGAUGGGGAACGCCCUCCCACCAGAUGUCAAAGAGAACAACAACUACCAGACUUUUAGAAGACAUCUGAAGGCAGCCCUGUUUAG